UCUCUCACUCUGAAAUUAGGGCUUUAAAGCUUUGCACAGUACCGAUGGUGCUCUGCUUCAUCUCCGAUUCAAAUGACAAUCCCGGCGAAUCUUUCCCGGAGAUUCUCCACAAUUGUUCAAUUCCUUGGGCAAUUGCAACACAUACCUCAGUUUCGGUGUAGUUUCAGUUUAACUUGGGGUUCCAAAUUGAAUUGAAGCUGCUCUAGUGGUUUCUGCGAUGGUGCCUAGCAAAACUGUUCAGGCCACCACUGCUAGCCACCAAUGGAAAGUCGACAAUCGAGGAUGAAGAAAACCUUAUCGAUAAGCUUCCUUACACGAAGAUAACUCUUAAAUGUUUUGCUUGUAAGAAUGGAGACAUUGAUGAAGCAUGUUCCUCUCUCUGGUCAAGAAGGGAGAACUGAAAUUAAGAAAAUUGCUGCAAGGUUUGAGGAGAAGGUGUAUGGUGCCGCCAAAAGUCAGCCUUUUGGCAGAGUGGUAUAUAAUUGACAUGGGAUAGAAGAUUUUGUACCGAAGAGGACAUCAGCUUAUAUUAGUCAACAUGAUCUCCACAUAGGGGAUAUGACGGUGAGAGAAAAGGAAUUGCUGACUUUCUUCAAGAAUGACAUUACCAUUUAUGGGUAUUCGAAAAAGCAAGAAACAGUUGCUCAGAUAUUUGGAUAUUGUGUGCAAACCGAUAUACACUCUCCUCAUGUUACAAUAUACGAGUCUUUGGUGUAUUCCGCAUCACUCCAGUUGCCCCCUGAUGUUGACUCUGCAACUAGAAAGAUGUUUGUUAAAGAAGUUAUGGAGCUUGUGGAACUGACACCGAUAAGGGAGUCACUUGUGGGAUUUCCAGGAGUGAAUGGUUUCUCAACUAAGCAGCGAAAAAGGCUAACCAUUGAUGUAGAACUUGUUGCCAACCCUUCCAUAAUAUUUAUGGAUGAGCCAACCUCUGGCCUUGGCAUAUAUUUAUGGAUGAGCCAACCUCUGGCCUUGAUGCCAAGGCAACAACUAUUGUAAUGGGAACAAUGAGAAAUACAGUGGACAUAGGGCGAAUUCUAGUCUGCACAAUCCACCAGCCAAGCAUCGAUAUUUUUUAUGCUUUCAAUGAGGUGAGAUGCCUUUUUUGUAUUUAAAACUGAUCAAUUUAUAAAUGCCUUUAAUGUAUGGAAUUUGGUAACCCUUGAUGUCUGAAAUAAUAUUUUAAAAGUAUGUUUCUGAAUAUAUAGUUGUUUAUAAAUAUGAUGGGAACCUAUCAAAUUGCACAUAGCAUGAAAGCUACAAGGUACCUCAGUCUUUUAUAUUUAGUGAGGAAACUUUAUUAUAUCACUUGUGCAUUUCUUACAGUCUUCCAUAGUUAGUGGUAUAUAUCUUCUCUUAUUUGUUGUUCAAUUUACUGAUGAAACACACACUUCUUUCAUACUGACCUUUAAUGUCUUUCUACUAUAGGGACACCAAAGAUAAACAACCUGAGUAGAAACAUUGGUUCUUUGAUGUACCACUAGACCAAGUCGAUUGUCGGUGGUAAAACUUAUACUUUUGGUUCAUUACUUUGGAAUGUAGAUCGAUUAGGACCAAAUAUUUAGAUAUGUAUCCUUACAUUUAAAAGGAUUAAU